GUGUUUGUCAGGUGCGGCCGUUGAUCAGAGCGCAGGGACCCGGCUGCAGAGAAGGCUUCCACGUUUCACGUUCAUCUUUAACGUUGUGGAGCUCGGGGGUGUGAACCGUGAACAUGCCACUCGCUCAACUCGUGGAGCUGUGGCCCGAUUUGGAACUGGUGGCAGAAGAAACGGAGAACGGACACGCAGCCCCAGAAGAUGGAAUAAAAUGCGCAAAUAAGUAUGAAGUGGUUGUGAAGGAGAUUAAUAUAACGCAUCAUGUUAAAGAAGGCUCAGAGAAGACCGAUUCAUCACACUUUGUCUUGCUCAAGGUGCUCGGACAGGGAUCAUUUGGCAAAGUAUUCCUUGUACGGAAGAAAACUCCACCUGAUGACAACCAUUUGUACGCAAUGAAGGUCCUUAAAAAAUCCACUCUUAAAGUGCGAGACAGAGUGAGGAUCAAGAUGAAAAGUUAUAUUUUAGCUGAUGUACACCAUCCUUUUGUGGUGAAGCUACACUAUGCUUUCCAAACAGAGGGUAAACUGUACCUGAUCCUUGAUUUUCUGAGGGGAGGUGACCUCUUCACUCGUCUUUCAAAGGAGGUGAUGUUUAUAGAUGAGGAUGUGAAGUUCUGCUUGGCUGAAUUGGCUUUGGGCCUUGAUCAUUUGCACUGUCUAGGAAUCAUCUACCGUGAUCUUAAACCUGAGAACAUUUUGCUUGAUGAAGAACACAUAAAGUUGACCGAUUUUGGUCUGAGUAAAAAAUCAAUAGACCAUGAGAAGAAGGCUUACUCAUUCUGUGGUACAGUUGAAUACAUGGCUCCUGAGGUUGUAAACUGGCAAGGUCACACGCACAGUGCCGGUUGGUGGUCUUAUGGAGUUCUCAUGUUUGAGAAACUGACUGGUUCCCUGCCAUUUCAAGGAAAGAAUCGCAAGGAAACAAUGAAGCUAGUAUUAAAACUAAUAUGCCUCCGUUUCUCAGCAAUGAGGCGCAGGCAUUAUUACGUGCUCUCUUUAAGUAGAAUCCCACAAACAGAUUAGGAUCAGGCGUAGAUGGUGCAGAAGAAAUUAAACGCCAUCCCUUUUUUUCAACAAUUGACUGGAAUAGACUGUAUCGUAGGGAGCUUAGCCCACCUUUCAAACUAGCAGUUACUCAGCCAGACGACUCUUAUUACUUUGACACAGAGUUCACUUCACGAAUGCCAAAAGACUCUCCUGGAAUUCCCCCAAUGCAGGAGCCUACCAGAUGUAUCGUGGAUUCAGUUUUGUGGCUCCAACUCUUGACCAGGAGGAUAAGCGAUCCAUCGGUUGGUUCUACAAAGUUCUUCUCUGAACGUGAAGCCAGUGCCGUCCUUCUGACUAUUUGCAAGACUAUGGAAUAUUUGCACUCCCAAGGGGUUAUUCACAGAGAUCUAAAGCCCAGUAAAAUUCUCUAUGUUGACGAAUCUGGUAACCCAGAGUCUAUUGGGAUAUGUGACGUCGGAUUUGCAAAGCAACUGCGGGCUCAGAAUGGACUACUCAUGAUUCCUUGUUAUAUAGCUAACUUUGUGGCCCAAGAGGUGUUGAAGCGACAAUGUUAUAACGAGGGCUGUGACAUAUGGAGCUUGGGCAUCCUUCUGUAUACCAUGUUGGCUGGGUACACCCCGUUUGCAAAUGGCCCAGAACACUCCCCUGAAGACAUUUUGGCUCGAAUUGGGGUAGGAACAUUUACCUUGAGAGGGGGAAAACUGGAACACAGUUUCUGACUCUGCAAAGGAUUUAGUAACUCGUAUGCUUCACGUGAAUUAUCAUCGCCGACUUACUGCAUGCCAAGUUUUAAAUCAUGAAUGGAUAACAAAGAGACAUUUAUUACCUCAGAGUCAACUCAAUCAGCAGGAUGUACAGAUGGUCAAAGUUUCUAUGGCUGCCACAUAUGUAGCCUUAAACAGUUCUAAGCCCACUCUUCAGUUGCAGCCAAUCAAAUCUUCGAUCCUAGCAGAGCGGCGUGCCCUCCACAAUACUCUAGUUAUCAUACUGGAUCCUCUGGAUAGCUGA